GUCUUUGACGUCAGUUUUUCACCCGGCAGCGGCUUCACUCAGUAGAUCCAAUGAGGUGACGCCGCGUUCGGGCCCGACUAGUGAGAGCAAGCCGGUGAUAAGGGAAACUAAGAACUACCAAGUGUGACAACAAAAAGGCUCUGAAUCAAAGCAAAGCCGGAGAACUUCAAACCUCAGCGACCCGAAGAAGCAGACUUUUCUGGAAGCCUCCUCUGACCCACAGCUGUGCCGGCUCAAUGUAAGUCCAUGUCUCCGAACCAGAGUCCAUCACGCUCUCUUGGUGAUAGUUGUCACUGAGAGCUAGCUUCUACUAGCUGUCAACUUCAGCUCCAGACAUUUCUGUCGGCUUUAUUGUGGAGGUUUAUACUUUAGGUAGUCUAAAAGUAGUCUAUUUUGUCCAAACAGAGUCAAAUAGUUAAGGGUGAAUGUUUUAACGUUGUUAGAAGAUGCUGCAUGAAGCUUAGCCAUGCUGCUAUUACACAUCUGUUACAUAUCCUUUUACUAACCAUUAUCCACCUGAUUUCUUCAACUUUCACAGUCCAUUCUUUGUAAACCACAGUAGUUUUUGCCAUGCAUCAAUUCUGCAUGAAUCGACCACUGCCUCACCAGGAGACUAGAAGUUUCUAUGCUGACCUCCUGUUGUUGUCUCCCUGCAACACAAACAAUGAUUUGGUUAUAGUUGUACUAAAUCAUAAUGUGACUGCAUGCAUUCCCAUCACAGCGAGUUAAAAACACACUCUCCUCUGCUUUAAGCUUGGUAACUCUACGUGAGAGAGCUUCAGCCAGCAACAAAGCCUGACAACUGUAUUAACGCCACGUGUUUGGAAACAGUCUACACCUUUGUGGGUGGGAGCAGGUGCAUUAAAUCAUUUGCAUAUCCUUGGGCAAGGCCAAGGCACAGCUUGCAAGUGUGACACUGACCUUUUACAGCUACAAGUACAAAUACAGUUCCCAAAAGAGCUAGGAUGCUGUGGGAAAUCUUGAUAUAAACAGGAUUUGAUGGUUCCGCUAAAAUCCUCAAAACUCCAUAUUCAAUAAAGACUAGUUCAAAAACAAUAUUUUCAAAUGUUAAACUGAAAAAUGUUUUUGUUUAAUGCAAAAAAACCUUUUUUUUUUCAGAGUUAAUACCAGCAAGACAUUUCAAAACAGUUGAGAGACAUGAGGGUGUUUUGCAUUGAGUUGCAUCACCCCUUUUUUCAACAGCACUCUGCAAAUGUGUGGGGAACACAGAGACCAGUUCAUGGAGUUUGGAAAAUGAAAUGUCCCGUUGUCUACUUACUUAGGAUUUUAGCUGCUCAACAGUCCAGGAUCCUGUAUGUUUCGGGAAAAGUCAGGACUGUUUGCAGGCCUGUUAAGCACUCAGACUCCUCUCUAACAGAGCCAUGCUGUUGCAAUGCAUGCACAGAAAGUGGAUUUGCAUCUUCCUGCUAUAUCAUGCAAAGCCCUCCCUGAGAGAAAAGAAACAUUUGCUCCAAAAGCUGUAUAUCCUUCAUUGUGUGUAAGCUACCAAUAUCUUGGGCAUGUAUGCAUACAUACCAACAUGGUCUUUGAACUGUCUGCUGAUAAAAAGGCGGAUGGUCCCUCUCUUCUGUAGAGUGGAAGACACGUGUCAACAGCUUUCAAAAAGAAAAGUCAAGUUUUGAUUUGCUAGACCACAGGGCAGUUUUUGACUUUGCCUUGGUCUAUCUUAAAUGGAAUUGUACAUUAUAGUUUGAACCUGCAUUUGUGGAGCAGUGUCUCCUGAGGGCCUGAAGAGAACAGCCAUGCAGUAUCAGUUAUCAUUCUUGUUCCUUUCAUAAUGAGAUUUUUUUGACCCUCUGAAUCUUUUAAUGAUAUUAUUUUCUUCAGAGGAUAAAACACUAAAAUAUUUGGCAAUUUUAAGUAGUGGAACAUUUUCUUUGCUCACUCAGUCUCUCAGAAUCUCUUUCCAUUUUGACCUCCAGGAGACUUGGCCUCUCUUUUCUACAUUUGAUUUGUUUGUUUUUUCACAAACCACCCGAUUCAGUUUCUCUUCAACAUUUUACACUGUGUCCCAUGGAACCAGGAUUUUAAUUCAUGGCUACAGUGGCACUGCAAAACUUGGAGGAAACAUAAUAAGCUUGUGUAAUAGAGCCUUCAAAUGCCUGAAAAUGAUGAGACUGUGGCCUGGUUAACUGUGGAUAGUCCCUGUGGAGGUUUGGCUUUACAAGUGGAAGAUCAUCUUUCUCUUAAGAGAUGUGUCUGCUUCCACGUAAUAAACCAGACAGCAGUGAAACUGAACAGUAAGAGAUGCCGCACAAGGUGGAUAAAAAAGAUGAGCUGGGGCUGACGGCUGUUUGGUGUUUACAGUGAUGUGUAAUUUAGUUACAGCAGAUGAAAAAGUCAAAGUAGAGGUUUUGUGAGUUGACUGUGAGCUGAGUUAGAGACAAGCUGUGAUCGUUUAAGAUAAAUCCUGUUCAAUGUUUUUGUCUCAUAUAACCACAUAACUUUCUGUCUUUACAGCCCACCAUGGAGAGGAGAAAGCUGGCACUGGUUUCUUUAUGCUGCCUUGUUCUGGCAAUGUUGCCUUCUCACACAGGUAAUACGAUCCAUCAGCAUUACACAGGUGUAUGCCUCGAACCUGUAGCCCUGCCUUGCUAUAACCUAAAUUUACAACACUCAUGAAUACAAACAGAGAUGAAUGGUUGGUGUUUAGUAAAAGAUCGGCUAAAUUAAUAUCACAACUCUGCUCUAACUAAGUAUAUUUGCUGUUAGCUUUCCGCUUUACCAGGUCGGUGUAACAGCUGUCUUUGUGUUUGCAGAUACUGUAGCUGUCAUGUCUGUCGACCUUGGCAGUGAGUGGAUGAAAAUGGCGAUCGUAAAACCUGGUGUGCCAAUGGAGAUUGUGCUAAAUAAGUGAGUGCUCAUGUUGUCUUCAUCUGUGUAAAUGAGAGAAAUACCCAGGGCAGGUCUGAGAUUUUCUUAACAUCAAGAAGGGAGAAACACUUAGAAACAAAGAUUUUGGGGUCUAAAUUCUUCAUUUGAGAACUAGCAGCUAUAACAUAGUUUUUAAUGACAGUAUACCAAGGUAGCCGGAUUGUAGUUUGGGAAGUGAAAUGCUGUCCUGUUUAUCCCUUAGAUAUGAUUUCAGCUGCUUAGCAAAGUUCAGUGUCUCUUUUUUUGUAAUUUUGUUUGAUGAUGCGUCAGAUCUUUUCAUCAGUUGAUAAGACAGUCAGGCCAGUUUGGCACCUGGACUCUUCUACUUCAGAGCCAUUCUGUCGUAAAACAUACAGAUUGUGGUUUGCUCGAAUAUGCAAGGUCUUCCCUGAAGAAAACCAAAAAAAAGUUGUAUGGAUGGCAGCAUGUGCUGCUCCAAAACCUGCACUGUUCAGCUUUAAUAGUACCUUCCAAAAAUCAGUUUUUAUCAACAUUUCACACUACAUCCCAACUCUUGGGGAUGUUGGGGUUUUACAGUAACAGCAGAUUUUCAUUAUUGGAGGUCUGGGCUCUUUUGUAUGCUUUGUUCUACAUUGAUUAGCUCUUAUAUGGAUGAACUGUUCCAACACUGUACUCAGCCAUCGUAGAUCCAUGAAUGCAAAUCUUUUUCCUCUGAAAUGUCAAUACAGCAUGAGAUUUAAACAUCAUGUCUGCUGCAUUUUUCCUCAGAGAGUCAAGGAGGAAAACACCCACAGCUGUGUGUUUGAAGGAAAAUGAAAGACUUUUUGGAGACAGUGCACUUGGAGUUGUAAGAGCACUUUUAUGUUUGAUGGAUGCACAGUGAAAUAUUCUCCUUACCUUUCAAGAACUCUGAUCUUUCUGUGUUUGUUGUUAAUGAGUCCACGUUAUGUACAAUUACAGUCAGUGAAGAACCCCAAAAGUGUUUUCAGACACCUUCAAAGUCUUCUGGGCAAAAAACACGACAAUCCCCAGGUGGCGCUCUACCAGAAGCGUUUUGCAGAGCAUGAGCUGCAGAAGGAACCGUCCAGAGACACCGUUUUCUUCAAAAACUCAGAGUGAGUGGCUUUGUUUAUAUCCUUCAGUCCUUCACCGUGAAAUGAGUUUAUCUACUCAAGAUCAAUGCUGGCCUUCAGAUAGUGUCAUGAUUUCCAACAUGUCACCUUCACAGUUUCUUGAUCAUCUACACUAGAUCAUCUAGUUGAUUCUGAUUUUCACUCCUAAAAACCGUGUUUAUUACAGACCAACACAGUUCUGUCAGUAUAUAUGGUAGUUUUUGUAGCUUUUCCUGAGGGAGGCAGUUGUCAUGGAAACCAUCAACUAUCAAUAGAUUAUUGGAAGAAACACAGCUCUGUUCAAGAUGCAUCCAUCCAACUCAGCCUCCUGUUUUGGUUCUUUUCCAGGGAACUGCAGUACACACCUGAGGAGCUCCUGGGGAUGGUGCUCAAUUACUCCCGCGGGCUGGCUCAGGACUUUGCAGGUCUGUUGGCUCAUGCAGAGAGAAAGAAAAAAAGGAGGAGAGAAGCAGAAUGUGCAUCGUGUUUGAAAAUGUAAAGAAACAGAAAUUCUUAAACCUUUCUCAUUAAAAUCUUUUUCACUCACAGAACAACCAAUCAAGGAUGCAGUGAUCACUGUGCCGGCCUUUUUCAACCAAGCUGAGCGCAGGGCUGUUCUGCAGGCUGCACAGAUGGCAGGGCUCAAGGUUCUUCAGCUCAUCAAUGACAAUACUGCUGUGGCUGUGAACUACGGGGUCUUCAGGAGGAAAGAUAUCGACAACACACCUAAGGUGCACAGCCAGUCUAACUCUUAAAUACACGCUACAGCUACUGUGAGGAGUUUCAUGUUUACACCCUUAUAUGACAAACCAAAGAAAACAAGACCAACAAACAAGAUUCACAAUUUUUAAUCUGCAGUUCUUGAUGCCUGAAAGUGAUAUGAGGGGGUAGGUGUCUGCUUAGCAGCUGAAGAAACAGACUGGUUUUUAUCUUCCUGCACAAAAUACUCACAAAUUAUUUGACUGUCAGAAUCCCCCACUUAAAGCUCCUGUGAGAGGCUGUUUGACCCCCCCUGUGGACAAAGUGAUACCCCUAUCUCUUUAUUAUUCUUGUUGUGUAGUCAAGUGUUAUCUGAUAGAAAAUGUCAUCCAUGCAUUGCUCACUAUGCGUCUUUAUUGUUAAACGGUGUGACAUCUACCCAUAGACUGUAUAUAGAAUGGACACCGUCUGCCUCCUCGCUGGGUGAAGCCACCGCAAGACCCUCUGGGUCAUAAAUUCCGCCUCCUCCAGCAAUUCCUAUGGAGCUGUGGACAAACUUGAAGCAUACAGAUAGCAAUAUGUGCAAAGACUGCUUUGUCCGCAGUGGGCCCCAAGAUAAACAAAAACAAGUUUCUCACAGGAGCUUUAAAAAGUCAGUCUGAUGAUAUUCUGUGUUUUUAUACUGUCAACAUGUCGCUACACUCAAAGAUUGCUAUAUUUAGGAUCUUAUCUGUUUUUGUUCUAGUUACGAUCGUGACAGUAAUGUGAUUCUGCUGCUGGAUGUUAAAAAACGGAUCUUCUCUUUUUUCAGAAUGUGAUGUUUUAUGAUAUGGGCUCAGGAAGCACCACUGCCACUAUCGUGUCUUAUCAGACGGUCAAAACCAAAGAGUCUGGCACCCAGCCCCACUUACAGAUCCGAGGUGUCGGGUGAGUCCACUCAGAAUACUUUCACCACUCAAGUGUGUAUUCUGUUCAAGUUACAGAGGGACAAACCUCCUGCUACCUGUCCUCUAUGACAGCUCAGGUGUUUAGAAGUGUUUAUAUCUGAACACUCCAUGAAAGUUUAUUUUUGUCCUUUUACACUCAACCUGACGUCACCUCUUUCCCCCUUUAAAACACAAAAUUUAAAUGUCCUCCAUUUCCUCACAUGUCAUGCUGAUACAGUGCCACCUAUAACAUAAUAAACACUAAAGAACACAAUAAGAUUAAGUGGGAAUCUUUAUCACGCUACAUUACAGAUCUUACAAAGGCAGUGAAUUUAAUUUCUGUGAAUGGAGUUAAUCUUUUAAAUAUUUCCAUCUGUGGUGAAAGUUUUUACCUAGAAACACAUUUUACAGUAAAUCUUUCUCCUUCUUCACAAAUCUAAUUUUAAUCAGUAUGACAUUUCCAGGUUGCAGCAUAAUCUCUUAAGAACGGAGCCAGCCCUGAAGUGAAAGCUACAAAAUCCUGUUCAAGUUAAAAAUCCACAAGUCAUAGCUCCAUUGAAAUUGAACCUUUAAGCAGUAAUUGAUGAAUAGAUGUCAUUCAGGAUCUAAAAAAGUUGCUGGUUUGACCUUGUGUAGGGUGAGAAAGGACUGAGAUUAUUUUCGGUUUUUUUUGUUUGUUUUUUUUCAAUUGUGCAAAAAUGUGUUUUAUAAAAGAGGACGACUACAACAACAGAAACAGGGACAGUAACAACAAUGACAGAACAACACACACAAAACACAAAAUCUCAUCAAAGUCGAAUAAAAUGAGAAAAAACAAGAAGAAAAGAAGUCUAUUUAUGUUUCUUAUAAUGAAUGAAGGAGCAGUGAUUUUGACCUUUAAUUUAAGGGUAGAGGUGAUUUAUAGGUGUUGUAUCAUAAGAGGAUAUAUGUGUUUGUGUUGUGAUAGGUGGCAAAAAGGUAGAUUGACAAGUGAGAAAAAAAACUUAAUAAUAUAAGAAAGAAAAAGGACAACGGCUGUCCUGAGAGAAUAUUUCUAAAGAACCUGUCUGUAAUUUGCUCCUGAAGUCGACCCCCUUGACUUUCGAGUCGUCAGCAGUCACUCACAGCUCAGCCAGCUCACACCUCGCUUGGUAUGUUUUUCACUGUGCUUAUCUUUUGGCUGUGACUCCAGGUUUGACCGAGGGUUAGGGGGCUUUGAGAUGGACCUGCGACUCCGGGACCAUCUGGCCAAACUGUUCAAUGGGCAGAAGAAGAGCAAAAAAGACGUGAGGGAAAACCACCGAGCCAUGGCCAAGCUCCUCAAAGAGGCUCAGAGGCUCAAGACGGUGCUCAGCGCCAAUGCGGACUUCACUGCUCAGGUGAGUCUGCAACCUUCAGUCUGUGCGGUUUGGGCAAAUCACAGAGAUGUACCAGUGAAUGCAGCGUCAUUUCUUUGAAAAUCCAAAUGUAUUUUCAGGUGGAAGGUUUGAUGGAUGAUAUCGACUUCAAGGCCAAGGUGUCCCGGGCAGAGUUUGAGGAGCUGUGUGCUGAUCUUUUUGAAAGAGUGCCUCACCCCGUGCGGGAUGCCCUCACUGCUGCAGAAAUGAAGAUGGUCAGUUCUCUCUCUCUCUCUCUCUCUCUCUCUCUCUCUCUCUCUCUCUCUCUCUUUCUCUCUCUCUCUCUCUCAGGUGCAGCUCAGGUGUCCCCCACGUUAGAAUAAGAUAAAAAAUUAAUGAUGUCUGCAGAGUGAUUCAGCUGCAGGUCACAGUAGGGGCAGGGCACAUAGAAACAAUAUGAAAUUCAAAAAAGGUAGAAAUGAGAAAUAGUUCAUUUUCUUGUAUCCUCAGGGUCACAGAGAGGCUGGAGCCUAUCCUAGCUGUCAUUUACAUAAAAGUACAUUAACCCCUACAUAAACAGAAGUUUAAGAAGUUAAGAUAGUUUAUUAGUGUCAUGUAAUGAAAAGCUACUGAUUGUGUGAUUUUACAUAUUUUGUCCAACAGGAUGAAAUUGAGCAGGUGAUCUUGGUGGGAGGCUCCACUCGGGUCCCCAAGGUUCAGGAAGUUCUACUGAAAGCAGUGGAAAAGUAAGUGACAUCUCUUCAAUUUCAUGAAACAACUGCACUUUGAUAUUAUUGUGUUUUGUCACUAAUUAUUUGGUUGGAUUGAAUUUAGCCUCAGCUGAAGUUGUGUGUUUUUCCUUACAGAGAGGAGCUGGGAAAGAACAUCAAUGCAGACGAGGCAGCAGCUAUGGGCGCCGUGUACCAGGCUGCCGCUCUCAGCAAAGCCUUCAAAGUGAAACCUUUCCUGGUCAGAGACGCAGCUGUCUUCCCCAUUCAGGUCAGUGGAGUUCAUAUCUGAGAUGCUUAUCUUAUAUUCAAGUCGCUGGAGACAAGUUUUGAUAACAUAAUAAAAAAAAUGAUGCUCUAAAACUGACAUCAAACUUCAAAAGAAAACAGGAAUAACAGUUAAAACCUUGAAACUUUUGACCAAAAAUUGACAAAUUUCUAAAUUUUAAAAAUUAAAAAUAAAAUUGUCAGACUGACAGCAAACCCUUCUGCAGCUGGGGAAGACGCAGCUCAGCGGAGCACGGCUUGGCGGGGUGCAAAUAUACUGAUAUCAGCACAAGAAGGCAAUAAAACACAAAAGGCUAAAAUAUCAAUAUUUAGCAAACCACCUGACAUUGAGUAACUUGGACGCUCUUCAAUCUUCCUGUUUCCUGCCGGUCUUCAGUGGGUUGGGUGAAUCCAAAAUGGUCACAACAAGGGGGUGUUCUGAGACAGGCUGUUACCUGUGAAAUGGGGAUGCUCUGAAAACACCCUCAUUCAUACUUGGUAUGGUACUCCUGAUUAAAUUAACCAUAGACUGUAACUUGACGCGGAAAAAAAAUGAGUCCACCAAUCAGAAUUUCAGUCAACUCAGCACAGAUCGACCAAUAAGUCGACCAGUCCACUAUGACUUUACAGCCCUACAGAUUAAAAUAGGAAAAUCCAUCUUUGUGCAACAACUAGCUGUGGGGGUGUAGUUUUAUUAGAAAUCUGGAGUUUUUAACUCUGAAAACUAUUUUUUUUUUAAAGGUAGACCAUGAAUAGUUAAGCGUUCAAAAGAUAAGUAAAUCCCUUCAUAGAUACAUGACAAAAACAAAGUAAUACAAACAUCACUUCAGUAUGUCUCAACAAAGCUUUCCGUCCAGCUAAUACUCUCCCUCUCAGUCUACUUGAAGAAAAAUAUGGGACCCUGAACUAAUGAACAAAAGGAACAACAGAUGCCACACUCACUCAUUUCAUUAUCUUUAAAAACCCUCUCACAUCACAGCCUCCUCAGUAGUUCAAUAAAAAGUGAUCAAGUAGUCAAAAGAAGUCUGAGGAAUACUUGGUUUAUGUGCUGUCGUGAAGGUUUUCUGAGCAGAUCUAAGAUCAGUAUGACAAGACACACACUUCUCAUUGUUAAAGAAUGAUAAUGAUGAAAGACAAUAUCUUUUCAUCAGGUCGAGUUCAGCCGUGAGACAGAGGAAGAUGGGGUCAAAACCGUCAAACACAACAAGCGUAUCCUCUUCCAGAGGAUGGCCCCUUACCCGCAACGCAAGGUCAUCACUUUCAACCGCUACAACGACGACUUUGCCUUCGACAUCAACUAUGGAGACCUCAGCUUCCUGAGUCAGGAGGAGAUCAGGUGAGAUCAGCGGAGCUUUUCUUUAUAGAGUUUUGUAGAAAAAUCCUUUCUAACAUCAUCCUGAACCACAACUAUGAAUUAGCUAAAUAAUUCCAUUCAUCUCCCACCCGGAGAGUCAGUCUGUGAUUCCUUUGUCGUCAUCGUCUCACACUCUUUUGAAAUCUAAACAGAAGAGUCUUGAUUUAACUGCCCUAAAAGGUGUGUUGCCUCGGUUGUGAGACUCAUUUAUAUUCCCUCCGAGAAGCUGAGGUUUUUGCAGUGCCUUCAUGCUGCUCAGGUUGGAGGUGUUGUCUAUGAUUUACCUCCUCUCUGUGCAGUGCGUUCGGCUCCCUGAACCUGACCACGGUCAAACUGUCUGGAGUGGGCAGCAGCUUUCAGAAGCACACAGAUGCGGAGUCAAAGGGCAUCAAAGCUCACUUCAACAUGGAUGAAAGUGGAGUGCUGCUGCUGGAUCGGGUCAGUCACACUCAUGGACAAAGUUGUCUUUCUUUCUUAUUGAUUAUUUUCAUCGUGAAGCCGGCUAGCUUUUUCUUUAGCUGCAAGGACACACUGUUCAGCAGUGUUUGUACUUUCUAUUAUGCGGAACAGAUUUUUGUGUUGUUGCUCUGCUAUCUCCUCCGGCUGAUGGCAGGUCACUGAGGCUAAUCGAAAAUAGAGCUAGACACAAAAGAUCUCAAAGAGCUCUAAUAAAAAUUAAAUUGAAGCAGCUAAGGAUAAAUGUUUAUACAUAAGUAAAUGUAUAAAGCUCUAAAAUGGUGACACAGACCCUGAAUGAAACAUUUUUUAAGACAACAUCUGAUCUCAGCACCUUUUCUCUAUUCAAACUGAGCUUUCAUGUUUGUAAUUUUCACCCUUAGGUGGAGUCCGUCUUUGAAACCAUUGUGGAGGAGAAAGAGGAGGAAUCAACAUUAACCAGUAAGUUUGACACAUCUGUAGCCUUUGACCUCUGUUAACCUCCACCAGUGUUUAUUCAGAGGUGCCAACAGCAAUCACAACAACAACAACAGUGCUCUGCUGACAGAAACAGGCCGAGAGGAAGUUUUUUUUAUGCUGUUGUAUUUAAGGGCAUGGUCCUCGGAAACCUCUUCAAUAUACAAUCCAGCCUCCGGCAACUGAAGGUUAGACGGUCUAACUGGUGCUGAUGAUAUAGUAAAAAUAAACUGACAGGCUCCAACAAGAAAGUUUAAUGUUCUUUUACUUUUGUUAUAUAAGUUCAUGUAUUAUUUCCAAUGCACAAACUGAUAGUACAGAAACAAGGUGGUGAGAGCUAAUGGCUAAACUGAGCAAUGAAAAGCGAUAGCAUGAAAGAAAUCCAGCAGUACCCUGAAUGACCAGUAGGGGUAAAGUGAUACCAAAUUAAAAUACAAAGCAGCAGGCAUUCGCAGAAUCUGCCUCCACUCGUCACGCUGCAGGCUCACAUUUUGUUGCUGUUGAUCAUGGUCUGCAUGUCGAGUGCCACAGCUUGAUCAGAGUCUUAUCUGUGAGGCUGGCUCUGUUGUUCAAAAAAUGAUCAUCUUAAAGGGAUAUUCCAACAUAAAUUGAAGUUAGGGUCAAACACAACGUAACACAGAGUUAGACACCCCCAUGAGAGAUGAAUGUUGCCGACCACUUCCUUCUCUAAUUAUACCAACUUUAGUAACGACUGCACGAUAGCAAUACAAAGCGGUCUAUGGAGCCACGGUCACACCUCAACCGUAGUACUAGCCACCAAAUAUCUUUUUAGCUUUGCUUGGUUUCUUUAGCAAAGAGACCAAACACAACUCACCCACUCUCUUCCAUCAGCCGCUUGUUUGUGGGGGGGGGGGCUGACGAGUCGAUCACAGAGUGCAGCAGAGUUUCACAGCUGAAGGAAGAACAUUUAUGAUCAUUACUUCAUGGAAAUGCAAUCGGACUGAGACGCUAAAGUGGAAGAACUACUGCGUCUGCAGUGCAAAAUGAUUAUUAUGAUGAUUAUAACUUCAAGGAAAUGAUCCGCUGCACUCAGUGAUCGACUCAUCAGGGCCCCCCCACAAACAAGCGGUUGCUGGAAGAGAGCGGGUAAGUUGUGUUUAGUCUCUUUGCUAAAGAAAUAAGGCAAAGCUAAAAAGAUGUUUGGUGGCGAGUACUAUGGCUGGGACCCUAUAUGUACUGUUAUUUGUGGCUAUAGAGUGGCGUUUUGGUUGAGGUUUGUGUGUGGUUCCAUAGACCGCUGUGUAUUGCUAUCAUGCGGUCGUACUAAAGUUGGUAUAACUAGAGAAGCAAGUGGUCGGCAACUCAGUCUUGUGGUGUGUUUGACCCUUACUUAAUUUUACGCCGGAAUAUCCCUUUAAGGUCUGGACCUCUUGAUCCAGUGACUGCAUUUCUAUUAACCAAUAAGCAACCAGUUUGUUUAGAGGACCUGCAUACUCUAGAAAUAAAGAAUAGGGAAUCAAAGACUUAUGAUAGUGAGGUUUGAUGGAAAGUCUGGGUGCCAUGACUGUCUGGCCUUUUUAAUUCUAAUGUUCAGGACUCAUUGUUUCUUAACUUGGCUGUCACUCUACUUUCUCUCAGAGCUGGGUAACACCAUUUCCACUUUGUUUGGAGGAGGAUCGUCAGAACCAGCUCCAAAUAUAACUGAGCCUGUCCAGGUACCUCUACCUCUAUACAACAGCUGCUCUGUUCAAGAAGCUGAUUCAUGAAAUACAAUGGUCUCUGGCUUGUGAUCACAGCUAACCUCAUUCACUGAUUCCUUGUUUGCAGGAUGAGGAAGAAGUGCCUCCAGAGGCCGGAAAGGAAGGCAAGGACGAGGAGGGUAAGGAUGAAGCCCAGAAGGAUGACGCUGCUGAUGAGAAGCAGGAUGAUUCAGAGAAAAAGGAAGGCGAAGAGAAAAGUGAGGAAAAGACAGAGGAGGCAGGAAGCAAGACCGACACCAAGGUAAGAUAUGUCACACUUUAUCUCUGUACAAAUUCAGAGCUAAUUCAUUGGAAUUUGAAAACUUAGAAUUAACAUUGAGCCACAGACUUGAUAUUCAAAUUUGCUAUAUGCCUGCCGGUAAAGGAGGAAAAGGAUGGAGAGAAGCCUGUGACCCCAGAGGAAGAGAAGACCGCUGAGAAGACGGCAAAACCUCAGAAAAAGAGCAAGAUCUCUGAGGACAUCAAGGUGGAACUGGUCAUCCACGACAUCCUCAACCCCUCUGAGGAGGACGUCGCAACCGCUAAGAAGAAGUAAAGAAACACGUUGUUUUUCCGUUUCAUUCCUGGUGUUUUGUUCUUGGCGUCAUUGACUAAAAAAAAGUGUCUUUGUGUCUUUUCAGGCUGCAGGAUUUAACAGACAGAGACCUUGCCAAACAGGAGAGAGAGAAGACACUGAACAGUCUGGAGGCUUUUAUCUUUGAGACACAGGUACGCAUCGCAGGCUUCUUUUAACUUUCCACAUGUCCUUGUGUUGAAAUAAGAACAUUUCAGCUUCCUGUAAGAGAAACGUCAUAAUAAUCUGACAACGAUUUUGAUAUCAGCUGAGAAAUUAGCUUAAUAAUGUUGAUACAGCCCUGGUACCAAAAAGAUUUUGAUGGUUUGACAGAUGAUUUAAAGCCUAAAUGUGACUGGAAAUACUGUCAAGAUGUAAUUUUAAAUGUUGUGACCUCAUCUGUUGACAACAAUCUGCAAACAUUUGAGAACUGAUUCUGGAGUUUGAUAAAAGGAACGUGGUCCCAUUAACAGAUACAGGACUUCAGCUGCUUAGUUUUUGUUUCAUAAUGCAUCAGAUGUUUUGAAUGGGUGACAAGUCAGGACUGCAAACGGGCAUCCAGACGCCUGAAGACUAAAAUCGUGACACUCUUUGAAUUGACAGAGACCUGAAAAUGAAAGUUAUUUGACUUGCACAGAGAGAAAGUAGCCAACUUAAAGUUUUUGGGUGCCUACCAUGCAAGAUGUCUCUUGUUUGUUUUCUGCUGCAUGAUAGGCGAACUGUCUUUAUUCAGUAAAAUUCAGUGUGAAUUUAAUCACCAAAAUUAGGGGUUUGUUGUAAAGUGCUGAUAUUGAUUAUAGCAGUCAGAAAAGAAAUAUCAAUAUCCUGCUAAAAGAGUGAAUUCUUAACCCUCCCAUAUGCUGGUUUCCACAUGUCAUGCAACAAAAGAAGAAGAAGCAUCAGCUGUGAGCAAACUAGCUGUAGAAGCCCUCUGUGAGAUAAUUAGGCACUUUUGGGACCCAAGAUUUAAAGAUGUUUUGUGAAUUCACAAACUGCUUUGAAGCUUGUGUCUCUUCGGGUUACUAAUCAACUGAACAUUUACACUUUCUAACUGUUCUUUCAACUGUUUUUACUCAGUUCAGUAACUUACUAUCUACCAGAUGAAAAUAAAAUCACAAUUUGGCAAUAGAGGAAAUGAAUCAAAAUAAAGACAAAGAACGGCUUAAUGUGGCAACCUUCAGAGUAGGGAUGGGCGAUAAAUUAUCGUUCACGAUUUAUCAUCAGAAGAAUCCUCUAUGAUAAAUAUUUGCCAUCUCAUGAUAAAUAUGACAAAUGCAAGUAAAGCACAAGCAACAGACUCACAGCCAAAGCCCACACAGAUAAAAAUAACAAACAAACAUGGCUGAAGGUAAUGAAGAAGACAUUUCUGAGCAGCUUGUUGUAGACCGAGGCUCCACAUGAGGGAUUUCCUUCUAGAUCGGGUCUUAGAUGAACACAAUCAGGUAUCCUGACAUCAGACAGAGGAUCUGCUGCUGCUGUUCACUCUGUGCAAUAAGAGUUUUCAACAACUGUUGCAAAUGUUUUCACAUUUGAGACUUGUUUGAUGUCAUUAGUUUUCUCCAUAACCUACCACUCAAACUUGUAGUUAAGUAUCUCAUCUCAUUAUUUAACUACUCAAACUGGUGUUCUCAAGACAAAAUGAGUCUAAAAUAUAGACUGGAAUUAUAAUAUUUUUUAACAGGACUUUUAUCGUUAUUGCCAGAAUGGUAAAUCUUAUAGUGACAAAUAUUUUUGCCCAUAUUGCCGAUCCCUACUUCAGAGGUAAAUAAACCAGCAUUAAACACAUUUUUCACAGCUGGUGCAAAGAUACACAACCAGUGAUUUGGUCUCCCAUCACACUCAAAAACACACUCUGCCUCUCCUUUUCUCUCCUCAGGACAAAAUGUACCAGGAUGAUUACCAGCUGGUCGUUUCAGAGGAGGAGAAGGAGCAGAUCUCAGGGAAGCUGAGCGAGGCAUCAGAGUGGAUGGAUGAAGAAGGUUACUCAGCCACCACCAAACAGCUGAGAGAGAAGCUGUCUCAGCUGAAGAGUCUGUGCAAAGACAUGUUCUUCAGGGUGGAGGAGCGACGCAAGUGGCCCGACCGCCUGGCUGCGCUGGAGAGCAUGCUCAACACCUCCAGCUUCUUCCUGAAGUGAGUGUCUGUGAGAGGUGCCCCAAAACAUGAAUGUUUGAUGAUUCUGUGUUUGGUCUGUACGACUGUGCUCACUUUUCUGUUGUUUGUCUCUGACAGGAGUGCCAAACUGAUCCCAGAGGAUGAUCAAAUCUUCACUGAAGUGGAGCUGAAUAUGUUAGAGAAAGUGAUCAAUGAAACUACGGUAGGUCGACAAAAAAAUAUUAGUAUCCUUCACAACUGAGCACUGAAAGAGAGUUUUUCUUCUUGCUCAUUUAGUUAUCUUCAAGAAAAGCUGGAAGAGAUGCUCCGAAUAGCCAGUGUUAUUCUUAAUUUUAAAUUAUUUACUUUGAUGAAAUGAAAGUUAGAUAAACAAAAUAGAUCAUAAUUAACCUUUGAGAAAUGCAUGUUUAAAUCCGUCUAGAGUGUAUUUACUGAGUUAUCCGACAGCUUUUAACCUCCACGUUAUCUUUGUCUGCUCCAGACGUGGAAGAAUGAAACUGUAGCAGAGCAGGGCAAGCGCUCUGCAAAGGAGCGGCCUAUCCUGCUGUCCAAAGACAUCGAGUCCAAAUUGGCUCUGCUGGAUCGAGAAGUCAACUACUUGCUCAACAAAGCUAAAUUUGCCAAGCCCAAGUCCAAACCCAAAGCCAAGAACAGCACCAGCUCGGAGAAGGGCAGCAAAGCCAACAACACAGAAGAGAAGGUCAUCCCUCCGACAGAGGGGGACACAGACACAAAGAGUGGUGGGUCUAACUGAGUUAGCCUUUGUGCAACCAAACUCAUCCUGUACAGACAAAACAGGAGGUUUUAGAAUAGUAAUGAGGCAUGCAGUAACUCCUUAUGUGUGUUUUAAUUCACAUACAGAAAGCCCAGAGGAGGCAAAGCCAGAAGAAGCCCCGCCCACAGAGGAGAGCACUGCACACACAGACUCAGAGAGCCAAUCACAGCACACAGAAGAAACAACAACAGGUCGGUCUGCCCUUCCUGUCCCUGAUGAUGGAGAACUUUAGGUAACACUUAAAAUUAGGGCACACAUACCAACUAUUAACCAGCUGCUUAUUAGCAUGUAUAUAAAUGACACAUUAGCACUUAGCACAUCAUUCUGCAUAUUCUACAACUACAUGCAAGCAGUUAUCUGAGGGGUUUUUCCUUGAUAUCCUUUAAAUUACUGCCUAUUAAGAGCAAGAAAGGAAGUUUUACACCUUCUUACUCACUAUUUAGAAGCAGUUAUUUGGAGGUUAUUCAGGGGGAACCUCAGUUAAUGUGGAAGUAGUUGUAGAAUACGGUCAUGUAGAGUAAGGUAUCAAUAAGAGCUGCAUAACAGGUAAUUCAGGGCUAAUAUUGAACUAAUAUACAUGCUAAUAAGCAGUAAAUUAAUUGCUGAAAUGUGUCCCCCAAUGUAAAGUGUUACUAGUGUUGAGAAAUAAAAACAUUGACCUGACUGAUGUCUUCUCUGACUCUUAUCGUCACAUGACGACACGACUAAAGUAAUGAAUUUCUGUGGGUUAUCUGUUGGUCUGUUCCUUAAUAAAAUUGACUCUGGCCCCAACAUUGAGAAUUUAAAUGAAAAGAAUAAACAGAGAUACAUUUGUCAUUAUUCUUAGAUCAAAGUAAAUCCACUGAGUCAGAGAAGCCCAUUCAUCUGACACAACACUGAUGUCGCUCUCUGGUUAUUUUUCUUUCUCUCUCUCCAUUUUCAGGACCCACAGAGAAGGCCCCACCUGAAAACCACAUAGAGGAUGAAUUAUAACAGCUGGAACUGGGAAAAACAAAUCACUAUAUUUAUUGACAGUGUAUAAAUGUUCAAGUCCCUUCUCACUCAGAUUUCUUUUUUUUUUCUGUUAUUUUCUGUUUUUCUUUUGUUUGUUUUUUGUCCCUGGUAACUGAACUGCUUGACUGAGACUGCUCAUCUUGCCCUCCUGGUUUCUUUGGUGCAGCUCAUCUCUUCUGUCUUUCAUGGAUUCUGUAAAGGACACUCGAAGAAGCAGCUCGACAAAUAAAAAAAACAAGGUCAAGACCACAUCUGUGCCGUUAUGGAUUCAGGUCCAAAUCUGCUAAGCCCAUCAGAGUCUCCACAUGGACCUUAUGAAGAGGUUGAAUGCUGUUUUUUUUUUUUUUUUCUCUGUCUCAUCUUUCACAAACGUUUCAUCUUUUCCUUUGUCCUCUGCGCUGUAUACCCAACCGUUGCGUGUUGUUUGGAGAUCACCUGUACACCUGUGCCACCACUUUUCAAGGCCACUGAGUUUGCACACUGUGUCGGGGAUGUGAUGGUGUUGUCCACAGUGGAGGGUGGGGGUUGGUUUACAUAUUUGCUGCUCUCUCUCUCUCUCUCAUCAUCAUUUUUGGAUAGAUACAGACAGAGACACAGAUUCUCAACUGAAAGUAUAGUUUAAGUGGAAAGAAUCAUCGAUCAAGUGAAGCAUGAUUUUAAAACGUGUAGACAAAUAAUUUAAGAGGCAUUUACUAACAUUUUAAUAUAAUUAAAUUUGUUGAUAUCGCCCUGAUGUCACUCAUUGGACUGAAUACUCUGACAUAAAGAGUAUUCAGUUCAAGAGAUUGGCUAUCUUACCUGUCUACCUCCCUGCUCGCCUGUGAUUGGAUAAUUUAUCUAUAAGGAAUGAGGAUAAGUAGAAAGUGGGUGAGUUAAUGUGGCGACACCCUCCUGGACUUAUUCUGCACUGUAGUAAGGAUAAACACAUCAUGUGUUUGCGGGGUACAUUUUCAUAGGCUGCAUACGUUUAAGGCCGAUUUCUUCAAAGUUGCAGAGCGGAGCUUUAAAUUUUUGCGCCAAGUGUAAGCAAACACCAGAGAUUCCUGUAACCAUACUAGAGUAAGAUUCAGCACUUCUGAAUGGUUACAAAUCAUCCGUUUGAUAAGUCACGUUCACUUUUAACGCGUCCCUUAUUACUGUCUGUGAGGAGGAAGAGGACAUGCCAAUACUGAUGAAUGAUAGCGGAUGGGCUAAUUUGAAACAUAAAGAAAGCUGAACCUUGAACUGAGCUGCUAGAUGUGACACAUAAAAAUAGGUGAAUGAUUGAAAAACGGUUAUUUCCACAGUGUCUCUAUGUUUCCCCACCAUUCCUCUGGUUAUCUGACUGAACUGAGCAUUUUUUUUUUUUUUUUUGAUGCCAAAACAGCCCUGAAUGUGUUUUGGUGGUCACUGUCCAUGUUUUAGUCCCACAAGCUGCCAAACAUGGUAGUCCAGGUGGCGUGUUGAAGUUGUCACUGCUCAUACUUUGACUGUGGGGGGGUCUUUGUGUCAGCUGUGUGUUUCUUCCUUUGUUGCACUGGGUAUUAUUUGAAGGGCUGACGAGGGUAAAAAGGAAUUCAGGAAUGGGAGAUGAAAAUAAUGUGUGUUUGAGCUGUUAAUAAAGAAAUCUUUCCUGUUUUUAAUCUGAUUCUAAUCACUGUGAUUGGUUGUCCUUCUCGUGGCCUUCUCGUAGUUCUAAGUUGGCACAGAACUAAUAAGUGACUUGAAUUUGAUGGUCAAAAUUCAGUCUUUUUAAAGUCCCACUCUGAUCCUUUUUUUUUUCUUUUUUGUACAACUUAAAGUGUUAUCGGUGGUCUUUAAAUUGUGAUUAGGACGUUUUUUUCACGUUACCUGUCAUUUUCAAGGGCGUUUCUUCUGCAGCGCUCCAGUAGCUCAUUAGCAAUUCCCCUCUGAGUCGUGGGCGGAGACAGCACUGCUCAGCACACUCCUUAUCACGCUCACUUGCAGCCUAACAUUACCAGUGUAGUAGAAUUAGCAGGUAACAUGGGGGCAAUUCAGCUCUCGGACACUAAUGUCUUUAGGGGCAUGAUGAAAGUUAACAUUGUAAUUAGCUUUCUUACGAACAUUGUAAUCCGCUAACACACACGCUUGUUCUGUGAUCGUCCUCUGUAUUUCUCCAAGACUGGCCUGCAUAGCGGGGCUCUGGGGGGCGGAGCUUGGGUUUGCUAUGUAGGAAAUCUCACUGAAUCUGAGUCUGCCAUUUGGGUCUGCCAGACCCACAGCGAUUUGAAUGCAGAAAUACUCAGAAAUGCAAUUUCGUACUUAGUUUUUUCUCAUGAUAUGUCCUGCAGCAUCAGAAAAAUGCCAUUUGAACAUGUAGACAACAAGAAAAACACGAUUUUUAUCGGAGUGGGUCUGUAAGCCCAUCUGACCUCAGCCUGCGUGAUGAGUGCCCCUCAUUUCUCAAGAGCUUGUAAAGAUUUCAGUCACAGAAGAAUCCAACUCAAUUCCUAAUUGUAAAUACUGCUUUUUUUUUAAACUACUGACUGUAUGAACCUAGACUGACUGAUUACAUGACCUGUGGCACCUCCAUGUAGCUGAAUAAGACACCAGGUGACACACAUGCAGGUGUGGACAUGUGCUAGAAUUACAUCCAAACUGAAUAACUUAUCAGGAUGUAAAAGAACAGAACAAAAGGCCUAAAAAAUGUAUCUUUAUUAUUUAGGCAUUCAAUGCCUCCAAUAUCUCCUUUCUUCAAUAUCUUAAACAUCACUUGAACGCAAAACUAUCUUACCUGGGAGGGAAGACAUACAUAACAUUUUUUAGUCAAGCACCUUUUAUUAUUGAUAAAAAAACAUUUUCAACUUUCAUAAGAUAUAAAAGCAACUUAACAAAAUAUUGAUCUUGAGCUUGUACAGCAAUCACCCUGAAGCAUGUGGAGUCCUGAGGAUACAUACGUGUGUUAUUUUUGUUUCUAUCAAUGUCAACAGUUCACCUUCACCCAGUUUCCUUCUGUAGUGGGUCACACCAGUCGAGCAUAAGUUUAAACACCCAGUUUUAAUAUCAGUUUAGAUUCAAGAUAAGAGUUAGCUCUUACUUGUUUAAAGGGUUGCACCAGCUGAGAAAGGUUCAACCCAAGCAAAAGUUACACCUUUAAUCUUACACCUUGUCCUGUGCAGGUGUUUCUACCCAAAUACUCUUUUUCUGUUAUCAAGGAGAUUCUCCCAAACUACUGCCCAUCUUUACCCAACUCAAACCAAGAACUUCUGUUGCCUUCAAAGGUGACAGUUUGUGCCGUCAAUAUUUAAGAAGCAGAUACUAGUGUGUCAGGUUGAAGAAAAGGUCUUUCUCCUUAUUGACUCAUCCUUCCUUUCUUAAAAUUUCUGUGUAUUGGAAAGGCGAUAAACUUACAAUCAUAUCACAUUUUCUUUAAAUAAGUAAAAACAAAGGUUAAUUCAAAUCUCUGUGUCCUUCAUCUCAUAUUAGUUAUAUUUUCUCAUGAAAUUUUAACCAUAGUUUAGAGGUUUGUUUUUUUUUAACAAAUGAUCAUUUGGAGUCUUUUUACACAGGUGUCACUCUUUCAAGAUUGUUUGGUUAAAAAUCAACUUGGAGUUGUACGUCUGGUAAACGAUAAACGCCACCAAUCCCACACAGACUGCUCCAACGAUGCCUGCUACAAUAGAAACAGCCGCCACAGUGCUGUUCGAAUCAGUCUGCUUAGGCCCUGAGGAUGAAAAGGACACGGAGGAUUACACCAGAACAUACAACCCAGACUCCAAGAAAUGAUCAGAGUGGUGAAUAUCCUUUCUUUACCCAUGGGAUCAUUGGAAAUAGCAUGUGUAAUUUUCAUGGGCAUACAGGAUAUUAAGUCAGAUUGGCAGUGAAAGCUUACCUCCAUGAGCCCCCAGACUCCCUGUGAGAGAGAGACACAGUGAAAGGUAUAAUCAGUAAACUGGGUGUGUCUAAAUUGUCAUUAAUGGCGCAUCUUUACAUUGUCAGGCAUCAGCCCAUAAAGACCUUUCACAAUCUCACCGUGGUCCAGGCGAGUGAUGAUGGGCCCUGAGGUGAUGGUGGCCAUGUCACUCACAGUCGUACCCUGGCUGUUGCUGGCACUACGGCGCCUCCUUGAGUUGCAGUUCUGCAGGAGAGAUAAGAAGGGAUUAUUGGUCACUUGGGCUUUCACCAUCUUUAAAGAAAGCAUCAAAUACUCCCAGAGUCAUAACUGCGUAUUGUUACAUCAGAAACCCAAGUUAGAUUUUUAAUUACAUCUUUUUGAUUAUUGACAUUUUUGAAAAUAAUCAUCAUUGAUACAUACACUCAAGGCUUGUUUAAACAUAAAGAAAAAUGCCUGCUGACACAGCAGACGGCCUCCUCUGACAGCUGAAUUGUACGGUUGUUUAUCAAAUUCCAGCAGUUGAAGUUGCAUGCCUGGACUAGCUCGCAGAUGUCACCACAUAUGAUGUAUAAAAAGAAAACUACAUAAAAUCUGAUACAACAUGAGUUUUUGACAGUUCAAAGUGAAGACGUGGUAAGAUCUUGAGGUGGAGGCAGACUCUGACCUGACUGAGGCUGGGGCAGAAGGUGCUCACACACAGCCUGGUGGCACAGUGGACGUAGUAAGUAGAAAUCGGUUCUUCGGCGCUUUCAACAAAGCGGAAAGUCUCAAAGCUGAAGCGAGCCUCCUGCUGCUGUCCAUUAACUCCUAUCAUUGUCUGGCCAUCCCGGUUACACCUGGAGGGGGCAGACAGCAAUCCUUUUACUUGUCGGUUCAUUUUUUUUUUUUUUAAAUCAGGUUUUAGUCACAUGUCAAAAAAACAAGUACUUCUUAAUCAAAUAAACUCACAUGACUAUCAAUAUCAGCAGCUGAAUCAAAGGAAAUUGCCUGUUAGUGUUUAAGUAGCCUGUUCACUUAGCUAGCACAUUUUCAGAAAUUCACUGCGUAAGUUGAAUUUUUUUAAUGUUCUGAAGCACAUUUCAGACCAAAAUAUUGCUUUGUUAGCUCGGUGUGUGUGUGUGUGUGUGUGUGUGUGUGUGUGUAUGUGUAUGUGUGUGUGUUUUCAAUGUCUCAAGAUAAAAUUGUCACAGUUUAAUGAAAAAAAAAUACCACCAGUGAAUAAAGCGCCGCUUUUGGGGCAUAGAUCCUCUACCACUAGAAAAAGCUGAAUAAGAUGAAACCAUUUAAAACGUUUCUAUCUUUUUUAAUUCAAUGUGUCCCACAUUGCCCUUGCUUUUAACUGGACCUUUACAAGUCAGCUGAUCACUAAAACAGCCUCUGAUUGGUUGGAAGACCAAAACAAAAAUGGCCUCAGUAUGGUCAACUAACAACAAAACAGACACUAUUCCUCUAAUAUAAAUAUGUAAAUCAUCAUAGAUUACCAUCAGUUUUGAGAGACUGAUUUUGUUCAGAUGUAUAUUGAGGUAAACAACCAGUCAAAUGAAUGCUGAGUCAUUCUAUUUCCGAUCCCAUCACUGUGGUCUGAUGACUCACCCAAUGAAAAGAUCGUAAAAAGUGGUGUUGAUGGGGAAAGGUGAGGCGGUGGCGUAACAUCGGUCCAGGUGUACGUUGAAUCUACAGGAAAGAGUUUUGGUGGUAGUGCAUAUUGUGACAGCAGAUAUUUCUAUUGAUUUGAUGAGGUAACAGCAGAUAUAAGGAGGCAAACGUUGAAAACAUGAUAAAUGUAAAUGUGCCCUCUGUUACUGUGUGAGGUACCUGUUGGUGAGGUUAGAAGCUUUAACUUGCACAAAGAUCCUGGUCUUCAGCUCCAGACCUCCUGCAGGGAUCCGCAGCAUAGAGGAGUAGCUUUCAUCCUUUAGUGGUUGUAAGAGAAGUGAAGAUAGGAUAUUGUGGAGAUUGGUUUACAUUAAAAUAUUGUAACACAUUACAACACUUGUUUUCACCAGUGGACAGGGCGCUGACGUUAGCGUAAUUUUCAUCCUUGGGAAUGUUCAUGACAGAAAGUUGAUGAUACAUUUAUACAUAAAGCUCACUCUAACUGUAUUUGGAAGUGUAUACUGCUUGCUCCCAUCAGGUGACACUAUCACUCUGACCAAAAAUGUGUAAAUAAUGACAAGCUGAAUGACAAGCUGACAAACCUGUUCAAACUUGGGCGGAUUGGACAUUGUAUGUAAAAUUUACUACAGUGUGUUACCACAGGGUGGUGCUGUGACUACAAUCGAAAAACCAGCACACAGAUGUGUUCAGGGUUUUUUGAAAGAGUUAGUCGAACUUCCUGUUUCAUUGUCAGACAUCAAAAUUUGACACGUUACCAGGGUACUUCCUUUAUUGAAGACUGACAGUCUAAGUAAUGAUGUUUUAGCAAGGGAUCAUUAAAUUCAACAGAGGCAGAGAGGUUACAGCACAUCACAGAACAAAACAUGUCAUUUCUUGUUGGCAGUAUGAGGAACCCCAGUGACAGAAGGAUGACUACAUUCAGCUCUGGACACUUAUCUCACAUAUGAAUUUUGGAGAGGGUCAAAUAAGUAAUCUAAGGGUUGAUAUUUUUAGGAAAAUUGCAGAAAACCUUCAACUCUGACCUCUGACAUGGCCACACCCUUUCAUUGUGUCUACAUAACACUGAACAUGAUCAGAGGUGGUUAUUCAGAUAUACAUGCUGUAAAUCAAACAUUCCCCACAGAUUUUUGACUUUCUGUUGGGGUUUUGCCUAAAAAAUUCUGCCCCUCCAUUGGAUACAAUGCUCAGCAUAAAUUGCUAGGCAUAAGUUUCGUCCCAAGACUCCCCCCAAAAAAAGUCUCAUAUUGUUAAGUGUAGGGGGUCUGAUUUAUGUGCGGAUUUUGGAGGGUUUGGGGCUGCCAAAUGUGAUUAUUUUGAUAAUGGAGGAAGAGAAGAUUAAGGAAGGACAGAGGAAAGAAGGAAAGAAAAAAGGAAAGAAAGGACUACUUCUACUGGGUUUCUGUCAUCUGGUAGUUGUUGUGUUUAUCUUAACAGUGUCCUGCAUUUGCCUCAGCUACAAGAUUACUCAUACAUGCAUGAGAUGGAAACAAACUUCUUGAGCUCAGAUUUAUUGUUCAGUUCAAAAAAAUUGUGAGAUACCCAGGUUUUGAUUUGGGGGUUGGGGGGUUAAAGGGUUUGAUUCUUCACCUGACUUUACUCACCGAGUACAUUUGCAUGCUCAGCGUGCUGAUAAAACUCCCAUUGUUGUCUUUGACCGCCAGGUUAACUGCAGUUCUGUUGAACGGAAGAAAAAAGGUCAGCAGCUGGAAAUCAUUGCGGAAAAAUCCCUGAGCUAAGGUUCCUCUUUAUUUCCAUCUGAUACACGAGGUGACGCUCAAGGCUGACUUCAACGAAACACAAAGAUAAAACAGAGUUGUGUUAGUGGAAAGUGUUCAGAAGUUUAGCAUGUUAUCCCCCCCUAAAAUGAUUGACUGUAUAUCCAUUGUAGUUGAAAAGUCCAGUUCUGAUUGGACUAAUAGACUACAUUGAAUUUUUGACAUUGUGUAAAUUUACUGACUGGAUCAUACUAAUACUUAGCAGAUGGUUUCUGGUCUGCACGUCAACUCUAUGACAUUUAUAGCAGCCGUCAACCCAUUUUUUUUUUUGCUGGAUGAAGCAAGCAAUCCAGACCAAAAUAUCCCAUUUCAACCUUCAGCUAAAAAUAGUCCUAUCAGUCUAGAAAGAGCAAACGUAAUCACAGUUUUGGAGUGCCUUAUGUGAAGCACAACAAAACAGUGAGUAAUUGUGAACAUUUAAGCUGAAAGAGUCUCUUACACGCUCAUCUGAGUGUUGUUGACCAGGUAUUGCAGCGGGUAGCGGCAGGAGAACUGGUACAUCACCUCUUGGUGGUAGGUGAUGGCUCCUGUACUGGGGUCCUUGGAGCACACCAUACCUGUGAUAUUGAUAUACUGAACUGUGGAGAAGUCUGCAAACAGGCCAGUUCCUGUCUCCUGAGUGACCUGUAAGAGCAAAGUUCAGUGAGUACAAAUAUGUUGAAGGGUUUGGAUAUUUUUAGUGUUUAGCCGGUUUAUCAAACUCACAGUCAGCUUGCUGGAGCAGGAAGAGAUCCCCUCCUCUGUGAUGGAGAAGUUGAAUUUGACCACAGGUGGGUCAGCGGUCCAAUCAGGGAUCCCUUUGCACUGGGGUUUGGAGUGCUGUGAGUUGAGGGACAGCAGUGACUCGUUGUAUCCGUUAAAAUAGACGGGACAGAGGAGGAUCUGGAGGUCCACUGUCUGAGAGCCACAAGUGACCUCGAUGUCUGAGUUGGCUGAAGGGUGAGAUCAGAUCAGGAAAAUACACUUUAUUAGCUGCAGUGAGUAAUGUAAGAAGUUACCUCUGUGAUGUGAAUAAUCCACUACAUGAUUACUUUUUAAAAUUGAAGCUGCUGUAAGGAACUUUUGGUUUGUGUUGUUAUUUGCGCCCCCUUGUGGACAAAGUAAUACCUCCUAUCUCUUAACAUGUACAAGUGAAAGUCGUAUCCUCGGUCAAAAACCUAAUCCUGUUUCCUUUAACAAUUAACUCUAUCACUCAUUGUGAGUACAUGCUGUAUAAAAAGCUGUUUUUAUAGUCUGAUGUCAAUCAUUUGGUUUGACACCUUCCCUCAUCAAUUACUAAAAUGUGUACAGUGACAUUAUCAAAUUUGUUGCUGGUGAUCUUGUUUGGUUUUGAAGAUCAUAAAAAGGCAUGAAUGUCAGUUUCAGUAUGUUUCUCAACCAGUUAAAAACUCCUCAUAGUACCUUCAAAGUAAGCCAUGAUUGAAAAAUUUAUAUUUGGUUAAUACAAAAAAUAAAAUCCCUGAAGCAGUUGACUGUAUAUGUUUCCUCAUAGUAUAUGGUAUGAGGAAACAGCUAUCAAUCAGUUUUAGCUCAAAGAUUUACACUGAAAAACAAAUUUGCCUGAGACUGUAUCACUAACGGAAAACCAGUAUUUAGAUUUGCUGACGUCCUUGAAUGCAUUUGAAAUGCUGGAUCUGACCUCAAUUUAAGACACAAAUAUUUUAACGUCUUUUUUUUUCACUAUUUAUUUUUUGUAAAGAGGACAGAUGUGACAAAGUUCGGCUGAAACUGAGACCCACUACAAACAGAUGAACUGAUAAUCCUCCAGAGAUAUAAUGAACAGAAAAACGACAGUGUUUGCACUGAAGACAUCAGUGCCACAUGGAAAAGAAAGUCUUUGGCUUGAAGUCAUUGAUGUUUGGUUCCAGUUUUGUAAUCUUUGAGUCCUCUGAUUUUGAGCCAUAAAGAAAAACAAACAGCCUACUCAAUCUCAACUCUCCAGCUCACACUUGCUCCCUCUGUGCUCCAGUUUGCUGGCCUGCAGAGUCUACCCAUAGACUAAACCACUGGCAUGUCCUUACUUAUAAGGCAGUUCUCAACUUGCUCUCCUCUUAUAUAAUGCUACUAGCAUGAAAAAUGUUUUAAUACUGUGAGAUCUUGUCACAUUAACUAUUUAAUUCCAGCAGUUUGACUUCAGCCAUUUAUAGCACCUUUUUCAGACAUCUCCCUGAGGAAAAACCAUGUUUUUUCCACCUCUCAUAUGACUUCAGCAGCUCUUUUUUCACACCUGUCACCCCCAAAGCAGUAACAUACCUCACUGAUAUAUAAAGACACACUCUUCACACAGCUAGAGGAACAAUAUGUCAGGUAAAUAAGGUGUGAGGUAGAAGGGGGAAAUGAUGAAAGGCAUGAGAGGAAGCGAGCACUGAAGGUGUCUCUGACCUGGACUUCUGAAUGUGGAGUGUCCCAUACAGGCAUUUUGACCCUGGGCGAGAAGGAGUCUGGCAAGUUGAUACGUAAGAAGCACAAGCCACAUUGUCCUCGAAACUGUAGAAAGAGAAAGAUGACAGACAUCAGAGGGUCACAUGAUCCCUGCUCCACCUGGCCAGGUCUAAGAGCUUGAAAACAAAGAAAAUGUGUGACAAAAUUAUUCAGACUUAGGACACUGGCUCUUACUAAAGUAGUACAAAAAGUAGUGACAAAGUAAUGAAACCCCAUCAAAUAAACAGGCUUGUCUCCAUGCUUUGAUUUAUUUAAUCAUUUAUCCACUAUUGUUAAUUUACAUGAUCAGUCUAAUUCCAAAAACAGCUGGUAUGCUGUGUAAAAAGAUGAUAAAAACAGAGUUUAAUGGUUACUAAAUCAUGUCAACCCUGUUUUUAAUUAAAAAUAGAAAACAAUAAAAGACAUGAAAUAUGAGGAUGAUUUGCAACAAGUAAGUUUCAUGACUUGGUCUAAAAAAGAGCACUCUAGAGAAGCAAUGUUUUUCAAUAGUAAAGAAGAGGAUCACCAUUCUGAACUUGGAGAAGGUGGCAAAGACUCAGACUAGUGACUGCUGUGGCAUGGAUCAUAGCCUCUAUACAUGGGGCACUCAAACUGUGAGGCCAUCAGUGCCUCAUUCUCUGCUCUUAAGAGAAGAGGGACCACUCUCUGUUGUCAGCACGUAACUCAAAGCCAGCAUCCCUGAUGGUAUGAGGAUGCGUCAGAAUCCAUGUCAUGGGUGGCUUGUUGGUUUUCAUUUGGGAAGGUACCAUUAAUGUUGAACUAUACAGGUGCAUAAUACAGGUUAUAAAGCAUGACUUACUGCCUUCCAGAUAAUACCUUUUUUUUGUGUGAAAAUCUGGUAUUUUCCAGCAAGACAAUACAAACCUACAUUUUGCUUCUAUUAUGAUUGCAUGGCAUUUUAUAAUGAGUCCAGCCUGUCUGUAAUCCCAGCUUGUUGGAGUAUCAUGGAAGGUAAAUAUAAGGGAGUAUGUAAGGAGACCUCACACUGUUGAGCAGCUGUAAUAAUAUAUCAGGCGAGACCGGGGCAUUUUGCUCACAUAGCUCUAUAAAGUGGUCUCUUGGGUUCCCAAACAUUUAUAGAGUUGUGAAAAAAAAAAGAGGUGGUGCAACAUCAUGACCGAAAAUCCUUGUGUCCCAAAUUAUUUGAAACGUGUCACUUCAACAAUUCAUUUACUUUUUACAAUCAAAUAUGGGACUUUAAUAAUUUCAAAACCAUCAAAUUUGGAUUUUAUUUACACUUAAAACAGCAUCCCAAAUUUCUGAUACAGUUUGAAUGUGUAUACACAGUCUGUUGACCAUUUAAUUGGUGAAAUUAAACUUAAUGCAUAUCAAUGGACCCCAGCGACAAUCUACCAAUUUUACCCACAUGCAUUUCUUCAUGGAUAAGUCCAUAAGUCCACAUCUGAGUUCAAGUUAAAAGUACCUACCAUCAGGGCUGGAAAGAGCACUUCACAAGUUAUUUGACAGAACCAGAAUCAGGUUUACACAAGACUUUCAUGUACAUUUAGUACGACACAUCAACAAAUUAGCACUUAUUUAAAAAAAAAUAAACUAAAAAAUAUAAUUUUCUAUUUAGACUACAAUGUAACUUAUCUCAGAACCAACAGCAAUAUAAAACUGAAAAUAAGUUACCAAUUAUUUUAAAUAGUUUUUCUGAAUCGCUAAAUAAGGCCCAGAGAAUUAAAGACAGAAAAUAAGGGACAAACAUGUAAUUAUGUAAAAGCUGUUGUGAAUCAAUUGGCCCUUAUGGGAUUAAUCAAGCUGUUUAGAUUGGUUUUAGUGAGGGGUCUUUAUCCUGCAUUAAAACAUAAUGCUGCAUGCUACGAGGUUUCUCCCUGAGUUUUUCUUACCUUGUGUGGAUGGAUGACCACAGAGUGCUGCCCCACCUGUUUCUCUCAGUUUGUCUUUACUAUGUCUGCUCUUACCUUAAGACUGUGUCAUUUAUACUGACCUCCUUUCCAGCCAACAGGAAGACCACUGACAAGGGAAGAAGAGUAGAGCCACUCUGGCUGGUUGGAUCAUCUAACAGAGAUGGAACAAUGGAUGAGGCAGUAUGGAUAGUCCCUCGUCUGCAAGAAGGUUAUGUCAAGUAUCGAUAAAUUCAACACUCCACUGGAUGUAUGACUUCAGCUGCAUAAUAUAUUCAUGCAUAAGGAAAUAUAUAAAAUUGAAAAUCAACAAGGAAAAGUACAAUUUGUGCACGAGCAAGGUCAACGUUUCUCUAGAUUUAUUUAUUUUUACUACUACUUUUGUUUUUUCAGACAAAAGUAGUAAUUGGAAGUUUUUUCUCAGAACCAAGUAGCACAACUAAAAGUCAUUUUUUAAUCAACUUUUUAUCAAGUUUUGUGCAUUCAGAGAUAAAUCCACAGAAACCCUCAAAUGUCCCCCAGAAUAACCUAAAGAGCCUAAGGUAACCUUUCCAGGCUUGUUACGUAACUUAAACAUAAUUACGUGCGGAACUAAUUAUCCGUUUUUACGCAAUAUCCCCUUAAAAAAGGCCAAGUUAUGAUCCACUAAAGAGCUGUUUUUUUGGUCACAUCCCCCACUUGUGCCAGGGGCUACCACUCUUUGUUAAGAAAUUAGGUCUCCAACACAUCAUGUCACAUUUGGAGAGAAAGGCACACCCAGCCAAACAAAACCUUUACAACUGUCACCUGAACCAAGAAUCCCCUCAGAUCCCCUCCAGGAACCCUGAGACCUCCUCUGAACAAUAGGGCUGAGAUGAGCUUACACACAGCUUAGCAUUAAGGAGGUGUUGUGUCUGUCCUUUUUCUAUUCAGCAGCCUGAAGUGUAUCUGAGUGAAGAACAUCUACUUUUUCUUCAUCCUGGGUGCUAAAGCUGGAGGGCCAAACAGGACUGAACAUAAAAAUAUGAGGUGUCUGUGCCACGUGGAAUUCAUCCCUCAUAAAUCAUGCUUGGAUUGGGAGCCGCUGCUACAUACCUCUCAAUAUAUCACGGACAUCAAUCACUGAUCCCUAUUUAUAUAAGCCACAUUAUUUCUUUGAGAUCUAGCGCACUCCCCAAGCAUUUGAACUUGAACAUCCAGUCUCAUGUCUCAGCUGGAGCUAGACCGCUACCUGUCUGUUGGGUCAAAUGUUAUCAACCCCCUCAUAGAUCAUUUCUCCUGCACAUCACCCCGCACUCACCAUUGACCCCUCACUAUCAAAUGGUGUGUUCCCCACUGGAGUAAAGGAAAGUCAGGCCACCCCACUGCUCAAAAACUCACCUUCAACCCUGCCCUGGCCAAUAACUACAGACUGCUCUGACUUUAGGCAGGGCUUCUCCACCCAGAAUGCACAACUGCCGUAAAGAGAUUCACCGUAUUUGGCUGAACUUACCCUGUUCCUAUGGUCAACUUACGCCAAACACGUGGUAAGUUGACCAUGGGAGACCACUUUUUUGGCAUGCUAUAUUAUCAAGAUAGUUAUGUUUACACUCAUUCUGUUGGUUUGCAGGGAUGCACAACAUCUUCAAAUAUAUGCAGAUACACUAGUUGGAGACAAAACUAUGAUUGUCUUGAUGUAGUGAUCCAAAAUGUGAAAAAUGGCUCAUCUUACCCCACUCUCCCCUACACAGCUAUUCAAGAGGAAUUUUUUUUUACAGCUGUAAUAAACAUGUUUACAGCUUGGUUCAUAAUUGAUAUUGGCCUGAUCAGCCCCUCACUCUAUCCACACAUUCAACAAGGCAGGAUUUUUUUUAAAAACAUCUUAUUGUUUUUAAGAUAAUAAGGGAGACAUAUUUUACUCCAUUUCAACUUUUAUCAUGUCAUUCUGGGUCACCUUAAGUGUGGCUUUGUGUGAUUUCCACCUAAAAAAAAUUCCUUGUUUAUCUGCUACCGACACAUUUGAAUACCUUCAUUUCAGCUUUAUUCAGUCUCUGUCAAAGACACAUUGUUUUAGCUGCUUUUCCACGGAUGUUAACUUAACCCAGCUUGGGGUGCUACUUUUUACACCAUGUUAUAGUUAUGACACAACCUGAGAGUUAUGCCUUCACAAAAACCAUCUGAGGCUAGUCCACGGGCCCACACUUAGGUCCCCAUUCAGCCACAUUAGCAUAAGUUAGCUAUUGUAAAAUUUCUGUGCAGCUAUACAUGAGUAACAGCUUCACAAACUCCUAACAUAAUGCAGCCUGCUGUCUUUGAAAACCCGCAUUUCAGCCUCCAUCUGAGACGCUUCAUUGAAACCACUGUCCCAUUUACAUGACUUUUUGAACGAGUUGUUAAGAGCCCUAUUGUUGUCCCAUCUAGUGAUACUUCAACGCC